AUGCAACGGAUUAAGGAUAGUUUACGUAAAACAUCAUCACGUGACUCCUUAGAUUCAACCUCUUCGACAACAUCACUCGAACCAAAAGAUCAACAAGUGCCAAGCUCACCAGCAAAGAGUCAAUAUCAAUCUCACCAACAUCAUCAUCAUUUACUUCGUGCACCCUCAUCACCGACUCCAAGUUGCUCGGGAUCAUUUUCUAGUGCCAAUUCUAGUCAUUCAAGGCCUAAACCUGGAUCAUUAGGUCCAGGUUUAGGUUUAGGUUCUAGUCUUGGUUCCAGGUUGGGCCAUGUUAGCUCAUCGUCGACUUUAUCCUUACUCUCUGAUCGUCGAGAUGAGGUUACUUUUGAAACAGUUCGAAUUGUCCCUCGAAGUGCUCGAAGUGAAGAGAUAACAACAACUCCUGAAUCAGAUGAAUCUUUAACUCCAAGUUACAAUUUUCCUUCCACUUCAUUUUCCUCUUCCUCUCCUUCUUGCCUCCACCAAACAGCAACAGCCCCAACACAACCAUCCCCACCACCACCGCCAACAACAACAAUAAUAGCUACUACAGCAUCCAACAAAGAGGUUGGAGGAUCUCAAGGUACCUAUGGAUCAUCACCAGUUCACCUUUCACCUAAUAUGCAACCUUGUGGUUCGCCCUCAUUACAAGCUAAUCAAUUUCUGUCAACCAAUUCUCCAAACCGAUCAGGUCGAUCUCGUUCAUUUGAUUCGGCUGCCGCUUCAGCUGCAGCAUCAGGAUCAAAUGAUGGAUCGACUAACCGUUCAGGCAAAACUUACAUUAAAACAACAUCAACUUUCCUUGAACUUCCCAAAUGGAAGAUGCUAGUUCGUAAUAAGAAUUCAUCUUCAUCAUCUACAUCAGUUGCUCCCUAUGAGCGAGAUUGUGUUCAUUGCAUGUUAAUGCACGAAAUUAGUAAAGUCUCAACACUCACCGUACCCUCUGUAUCCACACCUUAUAUUGGUUCAAGUAGUUAUGGUAGCAUGUUGAGUGAUAACAUUUCAACCUCAUGUUCACCUCCACCCUCAUCAUCACCUUCAGUAAGUUCUGAGGGUUCAGUAGUUGAAGAUUCAGAUUCCGAGUCAAUGGGAUUAAGAACUGCUUCCCUUGGACAAAGUGAAUCACUUGAAGAUGAAGUUUUAUCUGAGAUACUUGACCCUGCAAAUCUGCCGACCGUUACUUUGAGCUUGGCACCGGAAAUUCAAAUAAUUGAAACGGAAGAAGAUUCUGGUUUAACUGUUAUCUCUUUAGAGGUUCCAGUCCUUCCAAAAUCAGGUAGAUCAGCAUCAGUUGAUUCUUCAUAUCUUCAAGUACCACAAAGGACCGAUAUUGGAAUCGGAGAAUCACCACCAGUUAAAGCUCAGCGAUCACGAUCAGUAGAUGUCGCACUUCCAGUUGGUCCUGAUGGACCUUACAUUGUAGUUCCAACGGAAAAACCUCAGCCCAUUAUUACACAACUUCGCGAUAAAUUUCGUCGGAAACACACAUCGACCGUUAAAUCGGUCUCGUCUCCAGGGAAAAUGUCACCAAGUUCAUCUUCAUCUGAUCCAAGUUCACAUUACCUGAACAAAGUAUUAACUCUUGACUCAACUUCAGAAACUCGGCAAGUAAGGUCAGCUUCUUAUGAUGAGAUACGUUUAAGACGCGAUCUUGAAAGUUCUGGACUUCGUGAUGAUAUUGGUUCGAUUACCCUUGAUGCCGAAGCCGAUCCAUCUUCACUUGCCACGGAACCCGAAAUACUUUCAUCUGGAAGUUCAAUGCUUGAU